AUGUAUCAACGACACAUGUGCCCCUCAAUAGGCGCGAUACGGCGUCCAUUGACACGAGGUGUAACAGCCAUAGCAAAUUGCACUGCCCACCACUUUCAUGCCUCCGCGCGAGGGCUUGAAGGAGGCUGUUCAAGCGACUCCCCAGCUUCACCUAAUGCCUCAGCGCCCCGCGAGACUCGCCGAACACGGUCGGCUAAUGCCUUUCGACAAGUCACCGACCUUUCACGCCGAGGAGGUCUCGCAGCAGGCAUUUUCCCCAGCGGACAGCCCGUUGACGAUGCUUCCAACCCAUCUACGGAGGGCGCAGAAGACUCUUCAUCCUCUAGCAGACCCCUAAUUCGAAAACAAUACGUUGCAGGCUCACCGCCGCUGGUCCGCAAAGAGUUUGGUUCUGGUCCACCGCCUGGUACAAUGGUUCGCGCACCUUCAACCCUCCGCAUCACCCGCAAUGCGGUCGGUACGAACCCUCCUGGGCCUAAUCUUCGCGCCCGGCAAGGCUCCAGAUCAAGUGAGGGUCGAACCGUAGGCCGUGGGAAUGAGUCGGGCCCAAAAAUGCGGCAAAGAAAUCAGGAUGGAUCCUCAUCCGGGCGGGUUGAAGAGCAGGAUGACAAACUUGAGGACACACUAUCGAAUGGGAUGGUGCAGCAUUUACUGAGGUUGCAGAGGCAAGAGUGGGACAGGGUGCCCUAUCAUCCCAUAUACACAAAGGGCAGUACUGCGGUGACAGAGCUCGUACAAUCCUCGAAGGAGCUAUUCAAGGGAGAGGCACCGAAGAAGAAGAAACCCGGAAGACUGGAAUACACUAUAGGUAUACAAAAUAUGCACGGGGUAUGAGAUUACUAGCAUUAUGAACAGCACUAGACUUGUAGCAUAUGCGCACGUUCAAUCUGUAACAAGAACGUCCAUGUCACCCCAUUCGCAAACCG